AGGACUCAGCAAGUUCCUACUCUGGGGUUUCCUUCCCAUCCGUGCGCGCAGUGCAUGUUGAGCUGUGAUCCUUGAACUAAAUAAGUUGAUUUCCAUGGGUGAUCAAUCAGCCGCCAGUCACUUACUGUUGAAGUAAAAACAGCACCACAUUUUUUAGUGCAUUGCUGACAGCGGUGAAGGCUUAUUGAUAUUUGGGGGCUUUUCUUCAAUUGAAUCCCAAAGACCAAUGAGUCUGCUCUGAACUGGCUUCGGCAGAUUUUAUGAUACGGUAUGAUGACCAUCCGACAGACCAUUGCUCAUCUUGGUAUCCAGCCGCGGAUGCAACAUAAGCGGGAGCCGGCAUGGAUGUUUGGGAUCUUGCGGCGCUAGAUUCUAUCAGUGGCAUGGACAUCAAAUGAUUAGUUACUCAACUCAAACCGAGCUGCGAAGGACAGGUUAGGAAUCAGAAACUCAAAGUCGAGCUGAUACACCCUCGUUCUCGACCGGAGCAACUUUCUCCUGAGCUCGACCAGCAACUAUUCAGCAUAGCCCAGGAAAUGGUGUUUAAUUUAAAGAUCGACCGGGCCUUGAAAUAAUCUGACGUUUAAUUGGUUAGCACUACCCCAGGUCAACGCCCAGCGCAUCGAAACCGCGAGACCGCAUGUCAAGCUUGUUCUGUGGCAUCCCAAGCUGGGUUGCUUUGCAUAUGUUUAGGCACAGACGGCAGGAGGUUGCCAACGGGGAUCCCAGCAUGAUUGCGGAUAAAUUCCAUAUCUGUGCUGGCAACUACCGAUCUCACAAGCGAAUAAAGAGUCCGAGCCUAGGAUUGAUGGGUGAGACUAAUGGCUUGUAUUUUUCUUAUUUUAUUUUAUCUGCCGUCAUGCCCUUGAUUGCUACAAAUACUCUCAGCCCCCUUCUCCUACUAUUUCAACAGAGGCACCCCCUCGUUCGUCCUCCUAGUUUCCCUCAUCCCGUCGUGAGGAUAAUUUCGGCUCUUAUUCCUUUCUUCCCUUUCCUUCAAUUUAGUUGCUACAAUGCUUCUGUCUUUACCUCUAUUGUUUAUAUGGUUUAGCUACCUGCUCCCAGCAAUCUCAGCUGGGCAGUGCCCGCCCAAAUAUGUUAACGUCCGGCAUUUCGAGCUCGAGCUCACCUGGGGAGAUGCUUCUCCGGACGGAACCGAACGAAAAGUGAUUUUCACUAACAACCAAUUCCCCGGGCCCCAACUAAACAUCGCGGAAGGUGAUGAGGUUAAGGUCCUCGUUAAAAACAAACUUCCAUUUGAAACAUCUAUCCAUUUCCACGGCAUUUCUCAACACGGCACCCCGUGGUCGGACGGAGUGCCUGAUGUUACCCAGAGGGCUAUUCAGCCAGGGGAAUCCUUCCUGUACCGCUGGACUGCAGUCGAAUAUGGCGCUUAUUGGUAUCACGGCCAUGCACACGGCCAGAUGUCUGAUGGCCUGUUUGGAGCGAUUGUGAUUAGCCCAAAACCGGGCCGACCUGCACCGUUUCACAAGAUUUCCAAAUCGCCAAAGGAGAUUGAGAAGAUCAGGAAAGCCACGUUGAACCCAACGACCAUGUUUUUGUCCGACUGGCACCAUUUGACUUCGGAAGAAUUUUUCCAUGUGGCUACGGAUUCUGGGAUCGACAACUUCUGCACGGAUAGCGUUUUGAUCAAUGGGAAGGGAUCAGUUAUAUGCAAGUCCCAAGACGAGUUGAAUAAUUUGACAAGGCCAGAUCAAAGAAUGCUUCUGGGAGAUGAGAAUCUAACGGACAAAGGUUGUCUUCCUUACUAUCUCCCGUCUGUUGUGGGUGACUUCCCCUUUGAUCCCGAGAAAGUUCCGGAAGACCUCUACUACAACUGUCAGCCAAAUGAAGGACAACGUGAAAUUCUCACCGUCGACCCUGAUGAUGAUUGGGUAAGUCUCAAUUUUAUAAGCUCGUCAACAAUUGCUCGCUUCAUGUUAAGCAUCGAUGAGCAUAAAAUGUGGAUAUAUGCCAUCGAUGGGCAUUACAUCGAACCCACUCGUGUCGAUGCCGCUCCCGUUCCCAACGGCAGUAGAGUUUCUGCCCUGAUCAAGCUCAACAAGCCUCGUAGAGACUAUACGAUACGUGCUGCCAAUGUCGAAAGCAACCAACUGUUCAGCGGAUUUGCGACCCUUCGAUAUGCAGGGCAAAAGAAAGGCCCUCGUCCCAAACCCAGUAAGCCCUCCAUUGGAUACAAUGGCGUCAACCUGACGGCAGACUUUGUGGCUCUCAACGAGGACAAGAUCACUCCUUUUCCACCAUCCAAACCCGCUUCCAAGGCUGAUACAACUUUCAAAUUCAACAUCGGAUUUGCCGGCGCGGCCUUUCGUUGGACCCUCAGCGGGAAAGCUCCACUAAACACUUCUCAAGGAAUCGAGCCAAUUCUUUUCGACCCCAACGGGCCACUGGGAAGUAAUAGAAAUGUGACUUUCCCAACCAAGAAUGGUACAUGGGUGGAUCUAGUUCUCAUCACGGGCGGAAAUUUCAACCCUCCUCACCCGAUACACAAGCACUCGCACAAAAUGUAUCUGAUCGGUAAGGGGCAAGGACCUUUCGACUGGGAGACUGUUGAAGAUGCCAUCAAAGAGGUUCCUCAGUUCUUUAACCUGAAAUCGCCGCCCUUGGUAGAUGGGUUUACAUCGCCUCCUGGCACAGCACAAGAUCCCGGGUGGGUAGUUGCUCGAUAUCAAGUGACUAACCCGGGUCCUUUCCUGUUACACUGCCAUAUCCAGACACAUUUGUCAGGUGGGAUGGGAAUUAUUCUGCUGGAUGGAUAUGAUAAACUUCCCGAGGUGCCAGUCGAGUAUUUGAAGGCGGAGUUUUAGUCAGAAAACGUAAUAAGGCGAGGAAAAGCGGACUGACGCAGAGCUCUCCAACUCUGCAUAUAUUACCUUCAAUUCGUUUGUAUAUAUAUAAUACUUAUUGGCCAUUUUUCUUUGUAUCUUAAUAGCACGCAUAGUACUGUACAUGUACAUACAUACAGCUCAUUUGAGAAUAUAUUUCGAUUUUAGAUAUUCUUUUUCCCUUGAUAGAAGCCAGGGAAUUAAGGGGGAAACGAGGAUGAGAAUGUCCACCUAGACACGCGAAGAAUACUUGUCCGGAACACAGAUAUUUUAACUCGUCGGUCAUCCUCCGUAAAUACCACCUCAAUCUUUUGCCCCUCACGUACUCC